UCCAGAGACGUUGAUGUGUUGUUGUGUUUUGGUGUGAGCGAUAGUUUUUGCAGUUAAUGUAUUUGCGGUUGUGCAGUAGGUUUAGCAUUCGUGUUGUCGUCCUUAUUUGUGAGCUGAUUGAAGUGUAAUUGUAGAACCCCAACACAAACCUGUUACCAUUCCGUAUACAUUCAGAAACGAAAAUGAAUCCGAAGUUUCACCCUGCCCCGGACGAUGAUCCUUUCGAAGGUAUGAAAAUAGGUAACUGGAUGAUUUUGGACGAUAUCGAUGAGCGAAGCAGCUGUAGUAAGUGCGGGAAGUCCAGAAAAUAUUUUUGUUACACAUGUUAUAUUGCGGUUGAUGAGUUACAAUCUCGCAUUCCUAAGGUAAAGUUGCCGGUGAAGGUUGAUAUAAUAAAACAUGCACGUGAAAUUGAUGGGAAAAGUACUGCUGCACAUGCUGCAAUUCUUGCUCCAGAUGACGUAAAGAUUUACACGUAUCCAGAUAUACCACACUAUGAAGAGGAAGAGAAGGUCGUUCUUGUAUAUCCAGGAAAGGCAGCAUCUACAAUUGAAGAACUCUUCAUACAACCAAGAUCUGCGAACAGCAAUGUACUGGAUGAUACAAAAAGUACAUGGAGCAUAACAGAAGGCAGUUUACCUGUCACAAGAGCUGUUUUUAUUGAUAGCACAUGGAAUCAAAGUCGAGGAAUUUACAAAGAUCCUCGCCUGAGAGCACUGCCAUGUGUAAUUCUUCAAUCGAGGCUGUCACAGUUUUGGCGCCAUCAGAAGGGAAGUCCACGAUGGUAUCUGGCAACAGUGGAGGCCAUACAUCAAUUCCUUGUAGAGCUAGUGAUUGCCAGUAGCUCUUCAUAUGAUGGAGAAUUUGAUAGUCUUUUAUUCUUCUUUAGAUACAUGUAUAGCAAAAUACAUAGCCUUUAUCCAAACCGAGAUUUACGUGCGUACAAAAGACCAAUAAAGUAAUAAUUUUGUAUAAAACCAUUUCAGCUGUUCUACUGCUCUAUUUUUAAAACCCAAUCUUUAGCUUGCAGCUAAAGGGAGUAAGAGAUACUUAAACUUCUUUUAUGCUUUGGUGGCUUCACAUUAGGUUAAAAAUCUACAUGCAGGGAUUGGUUUCUGCUUCAUUGUGUGGUAUGGUGAACCAGUAAGGAACUAACGGAUGAAAGACACAUUGCCAUAGUGAGUUUAGGCAUAGGUAUAGGAGUAAGUGGAAUGACAGUUAUAUAAACUAUGAGAUGGUUGUUGAGGAGACUCAGCUUGGAUUUUUCUGGAAUUAGUGUCCCAUUGCAGUGGAUUCCUUUGUGGUAUGUGUCAUCUGAAUGUGUCAGAAUUAAUUCCUUAACAGUAUUUGGCACUGGUGAGGUGUGUGUGCUGAACAGUUGAAGAAAACCGGAACAGUUACAGUUUGGUUGAUAGGCAUGCUAAUUAGAAAAUGUAGUUGAAUCAGUAGUUUCCAGAAAUUUUAAGACAUUACUUUGAGAGUUGAAAGAAAAAUAAAGAAAUAAUAAAUGCCAGUAUUUACAGUGCUGGAAAAAAGUAGUAGUCACUCCUCACACAGGAACGAGACACACACAAGAUGCAAGGCAACAGAAUAACAAUGGAUUAAUAGCUGAGGAUCAGAUAGGUAGUAUUGGCAAUUAGUUACCAGUGAUGAAUAUGUCAAGAAAUUACAGGGUGAAAAAGUUGACAGAAGUUAAAAUCAGCUAGUUAGAUGCAAAACAUUAGGGAGGAGGAGGAAAAUUGAAGAAUGAGUGCUCUCAGGUGAACUGUCUUCUGCAGUAAAACCAAAUGCCAUGCUCCUGAACAUCCUAUUGAUCAUGAAGGCAAAACCUUGGGUACUUGUUUCAACUCUUAAAUGAAUUUUGUGUGCUUUCUCCCAUUUUCUAUUUUAUUUCUCAUAAUGGAGGAUGUUUUGAAAUCAGGAAGUUAGAAAUUUAAUUAUGUUUUCUAAGUUGUGUCUGUCAAGUGUGUUUUAUUUUAGUUGAUCUCUUUCCCAUGAUUUAUAAGCAGAAACUCCUCUUCGUCCUCAAGUAAUGCUGGAAAUAAACUUUUAUCUUCCUUUUUAAUUAUUUAUAAUAUUUAUACUUUGACUUGUAAAGACAACUCUGUUACCAAAAAUAAAAUGAAGGGAAGAGAUAAUUGUGCCCACCUCCUUCUUGUUUGUUAAUACUUUAGAGUUCAAGAGAUGCAGGAAGUGCAAAUAAAAAUUCCAGAUUGUAAAACUGUCUUCCAAGUUUUACUUUAUCCACAGGCAGACCACAACCAACAGUGAAAUUUUGUCUGAACAAUGCCAUCUGAGAGUUAUUCACUUUUUAAAUUCAUCUUCAUACCUCCAGUCUUUGGCAUUAUUGUUUGUGAGUAAAGUUAUUGUUAUGUAUCACAAGUUAUUUGGAAAUUAAUUGAUGUCUUGUGUCUGAUAUAGCUCACAAGUAUUAGAUAUUAGAAAUAUAAUGAUGUAGAAGAUCAUCUCCCCAGUAUAAUCACAUAAAUUGGAGACCGAGUGCCGUAUCAUUUUGUGUUAUGCUGUUCUACUUACCCAUUAUUCCUGUUAAGGAGAAGUUCUUCUUGUAUCUGUAAUUUUUAUUUUUGACUUUGGUUUUAUAUUAGUCACGCCAAGUAUUUAUUGUCAUUUGUUGAAAAUGUGUGCAUGUACUGUCAUGAUUGUUAUGCAUUUGUGACCUAUUUUAAUAGUUUUGCAUUUACUAUUUUAAUUUGACUGUUUAUUGAAUUGCUGCUUGAAGUGUUAAAUUUAAUUCUGCAUAGUAACUGUCAUGAUCUUAUUCUCUGUUAUGUUGUGAUGUAUGUGUGUGUUAGGUCUGCACUUAUUUCUUGUUUGUAUGUUGGAUUUAAGUAGCUUUGUGAACUACUCCCUAAUAUGAAUGAAUAUAAAAUUGAUUGUAUAAUUUGUACAUACUAUGCUGAUCUCUGCUACUAUGUAAUAGUUUGUAAUUUUUGUUGUUGUGAACACAUUAUAUAAUUUCAGUGUAGUAAAGUUGAAAAGGCAACUGUAAUAAAAUGGGAAUAGGAAA